GGAGAGGCGUAGUGCCUAUUAUAUCUGUCGGUGGGAUGUCUCUUUUCCAUUCCAAUUCCCAAUAUUACUUGCUGUUCGUUCAACCAUCAGCUACUCCCACCACCCCCAAAAUUGGUUUUACAGCAGCCCCAACAAUCACAGCUUCUCGUUCAGAUGCAGUUGUCCGAACUCCGAAUUCCCGUUGUUUUGCCCGCAGAAAGUGAAUAAAACUUUCCAUUUUCGAAGCAGAAAUCCUGAUCGAGGACGACUCUAGAUAGUCAUUCAUGGCGGUCUCUGUUCCGGUUCUACUAGCUGUCUUCUCCCUUAACCUCAUAGCCUUUAUUCUCGCCGUCGGUGCCGAACGCCGUCGCAGUACGGCGAAUGUUGUGCCAGAUGAGUAUGACGAGAGGACGUACUGCCAGUACGGAACAGAUGCAUCUACAGCGUAUGGACUGUCGGCCUUUGGGCUGCUUCUCAUCAGCCAAGCUUUGGUAAAUGGUAUUACGAGGUGCUCGUGUUCUCGGAAAGGAAUGGUUGGUGGGAAAUCUACAAUUUGUGCCCUUUUCAUCUUCUCUUGGGUUUGCUUUUUGGGGGCAGAGGCUUGUUUGUUGGGUGGAUCAGCGAGGAAUGCAUACCACACAAAAUACAGAGGAAUUUUUGGGGGCGAGGACUUGUCGUGUGCUACGCUACGCAAAGGUGUGUUUGCUGCUGGAGCAGCAUUGACCAUUCUGUCAAUGAUCGCCUCCAUCUGGUACUACUGGUCUCAUUCCAAGGCCGACACCAGUGGUGGUUGGCAAAAGCACCACAAUGAAGUGAACUUGUCUAGCUUUCACGAUUCUGCAGGAAGCAAGGCUUGAUCGAGAUGAUCUGUUGGACAUCAUACCAUUUCUGGUCAUUCUGGAUUGGAUAACGUGGUGAGUUUUUCCAGACUGUGAAAAAACAUGUUGAGAUUUUAUGUGCUUGCUACAUAUACCUAUAUAUGUUAACCCUGAAAUAUGCAGAAAAGAAGCGUCUAUGUAAAAUUCUCAAGUCCCUUUCCAACUCGGGUCUUUAACUUUGUUGCUUUUCAAAAUUAUCUGUUACCCGAAGUAUCAUUAUUUCGUAAAGUAUAUAUUGAGAUGUAUGAUGUUGAUUAUUAAUCCAAGGGGAGGUUGUAUGAAAUGGAAUUUGCACAUUUGCUAGAUUCCACUCUUGGAAUUUCAUAAUCC